UGCGUUCCUGUGGGAAGGAAAAAGGAUUGGGAUCAAUUAGAGCGACAAGACUCCAGGAACAGAUCCCAGCAGCUCUUAACUUGCUUUUGCAUUGCUGUGGCACAGUGAAGCGUGUUUUAUGAAACUCUUGUUCCCCAGUCAAGAGCAGAGAGCAGAGAGGAGAAGGUGAAGUGGAGAACGAUCCCCUCGAUGUGAGGGACUUGGCCAUGGGUCUGGGGGUGGAGGGAUUCCAGAACUGAGCCUGGAUCUGCCGCGCCUUUCCCAAAGUCCCCAGCCGGGCAGCUGGUGUGAAGUUCACUCCCCUUCCACGAUGGGUGAGAGUGUGAUGACAGCCAGCCAGGACUAUCGGAUGCCUCCAGGGAUUUGGGAGCCAUGCGCGCUGUCUCCUGGCUCAGGACCCUCACAGUUGACAGAAGUGGUCAGGGACUUUGCGGAUACACUGGACCAGUUCAAGGAUGCUCUCCACGUGGAAGCAGACGUCCCUGUGGAUCAAGAGUUGCUGCAGGAGAGGCUGGAGGCCAUGCUGAUGGCCCUGCAGCUUGUCAUUGACCGUUACCCCUCGCUGAAUCACAACAACAGCCUCCUGGAGACAGCUGCCUCUGUGGUGGACAUGGUGCACGGUCUGAGUGAUCAAGCCGAGGGUAAUGAAAAGCCAAGACAUUACAGUGACAUAUUCCGGGAGCUGGAUGCGCUAGAAAUUUCUUUCGGAAACUCCACAGUCGACUUCUUCAUGAUGGAAGCGGAGGACAGCUUCAUUUCCUCUGACCCAUCUCCCGAUGAAGAGAUUACGGUGAAUGAGGAUUUCUACUCAGAAUGUCGCCAGGACAUGAUUAAGGAGCGGAAUACAUUCCAAACAAACGAGGAAGAGGCCGACAAAAUGCUGAUGAGGUGUGAACGGGGCGUCGAGUCAUCCCUGCUGUAUGCCAAACUCUGGGCCAAAUAUACAAAGGAACUGCUGUCAUGGAUGGAGAGGCGGACCUCUGUGGAGAUUGAAUUCUCGAAGAGCAUGCUUCGGAUGGCUGAAAUGACCAAGAAUUCAAUCAACCAAGAGAAAUUCAUGCCUUUUCAAUACAUUUAUAUGAUGGCUCUGCAGCAUGAUAUCCAACACGGUCAGAGGACAAUUGAAUCCAGGAAUUCACUGCAGCACAACAAAUACAUCCAGCCUUUGACGUGGAGAAGAAACGAACUGGAGAAACAACGGCGGGAGUUUAAGGAACAGUGGCAGAGGGAGCAACGUAAAAUGAAUGAUGCCCUGACAGCACUGCGGAAGUCAAAACAGAUGUACCAUCAGCGCUGCGAGGAUUUUGAAAAGGCGAAACUGCAGAGCGCAAAGGCGGAGGAGGAGCAGUAUUCCAUGAAUGUCAGUGGCACUACCCCAGGCAGUGCCAGCAAGCAGCUGGAGAAACGUAGGCGGUCAAAGGAUGAAGCGCAAAUGAAGGUUCAAGAAGCUGAGAUCUAUUACAGAAACUGUGUUGUUGAGGCCAAUAGCAAGCGCAAAGAACUGGAGACAAUGAAAGUGAGGAUUAUUACACAGCUUCGUAAACUCAUCGAUCAGGGUGACCUCAUACUGAAAGAGGUCUCUGUGAACCUUUUCCAAAUGCAGGAGGAACAAAUCGAACAAGUGCCCCUGGCCUUUCGCUCACUGCAUGAGAACAUCAAACUUUAUGAGCCCGGCCAGAAAUAUUUUGAGUUUAUUCAAAACCUGGAUAAGAAGAUGCAGCCUGUGGAGUUCUAUGAAUUCGAGGAGUUUGCUACUCGCAGCAGGAGGUCAUCUAAUUUGCUCCAUCGAUCGUCAGCAUCUUCUGGUGACUUGCCAAGUUUGUCAGACGAGUUUGAAAACAAACUGAUGUUUCGAAAUGCAGUCGGGACUAAACCUGCCUUAAGUGAUUCGGAAAGCACUGGAGGAAGCAGUGAGUCACGUUCCUUAGAUUCUCCGAUGGCCAGUCCGGCUCAUUUCGGUAGGAAGUUACCAAAAACUAUGUCUUCUGUGAUAUCUCCAGAUGAAUUUGAAGAGAGAGAUUUGAUCCGAUCGAAUGAUAGCGAUUUGACUGACUUGAUCAAUGAAACUUCAGGAACAACAGGGCGUUUCAAGAAAAUCUCACUCUCCAAAGCAGCACAGACUCACCGCCUGAGGAAACUCCGAGCACCAACCAAAUGUCGUGAGUGUGAAGGCCUCAUUGUGGUGAAUGGAGCCGAAUGUGAGCAGUGCUACCUGGCGUGUCAUAGGAAAUGCCUCGAAUCGGUUGCCAUCAUGUGUGGACAUCGGAAGCUGCAGAACAAGGUCUCUCUCUUUGGUGUUGACUUUGCACAGGUUCCAAGGGAGGCAGCUGAUGAGGUCCCCUUCAUCAUCAGAAAAUGCAUAGCUGAGAUCGACAGCCGGGCACUGAAUGUACAGGGGCUCUAUCGGGUGAAUGGUUCAAAGAUUCGCAUCUCCAAACUACGCCAUUCCUUCGAAAAUGGGUGGGACCUCAUCAACAUGUCCGAGAACUCUCCUCACGAUAUUACGAAUGUAUUAACUCUGUAUCUUCGAGAGCUUCCUGAGUCGAUUGUUCUCUCCACCCUCUACAAUGACUUUAUGAACUUUGCCAAAGAGUUACACCUGGCCUGUGAAGAGCUGAAGGACAGCCAAGCCAAGGGAGUGUCUAUGCCAGCAGAUAAAGUGGCACAGCUCAUCCAGCAGGCCAAGGCCUUGCUGCAGAAGCUACCAGCCGCCAACUACAAUGCUCUGGAACACAUCAUUGGGCAUCUCUACAGAGUGACAGAACAAUGCGAAGAGAACAAGAUGUCGUCGAACAGCCUGGGAAUAAUCUUUGGCCCCACACUGAUACGACCUCCAGCUCUGGAAGACACAGCUUCCAUGACUUCCCUGGUUAGCUGUGGAUAUCAGGCUCAGAUUAUAGACUUCCUGAUCACACAAUGCAAUCAGAUCUUCGAACCUAAGCAAGACCUCAAAACCUGGCCAACAGAAAUGCCAGCAAACCAAGAGAAGGCAGCCCUGGGCACAGCAAAAGGCAGGAGCAAUUCUUCUGAGAGUCUGGUUUUGAAAAGAAAUUCAAGUGAAGGAUAUGUUUCGGACAAAUCCUCGUCAAACGAAGCUCUUGAUGACACACGGGACCAACGGAGAGAGAGCUCUGGCAGCAGCGACAUGACAGCUGCAGGCCUAGUGGAGGCAACGAGGCAGGUAGCUGAGGACUCUCACUCCCUGGAUGGCCAGGAUUGGGAAAGCGACGGCAGCGCUGAGCCCAUGUUACCUCGAUGCAACUUCAGCCGGCAGCCGGGCAAGUACCAGCGAUACGGCCAGGCCAAGAGCCGGGCCAUCAUCCCCAAACCCUCGGCUCUCCCUAUCAUCACAGCCGGCCUGCCCUCGGCUCUGACAGGGGAAAAGGAGAAUACCCGGGCUGUCCCCGACAGCGGCGUGGUGGUGGCAGCGGCCGCAGACACAGAGAGGAGAGUGAGCAGCUCGAGCCGGAGCUCAUCGCCAGACAGCGGUACCCUGCGGCGCUCAGGCGGCAAACACAAGCGCUUUGAGAUGACCGUGGGGACGGCCCGGCUGGUGUCAAAGCUGCAGGACAGGAGACGGGUGGACAGCAGUGAGGCCGACAAUGAGGGCGAGAAGUCCAGCUUGGAGCAGCCGGAAGCGGCUGAUGCCCCGGAUCCACUGGGAGAGUUGGAGGAUGAGCAGCGGCAGCAUCAGCACACAGUUAAUGCUGAACUGAACUCAAACCAGUCCAACAACGUGUGUCAAGAGCUGGUGGAUGGGCAGCGAGAGAAGCGGCGGGACAUCGAGAGGAUGCUGUAUGUGUCCCGUCAGCGGCAGAGCACCGAGGAGAGAGAGGUCCACUUUGUGUGAGGGAGGGAGAGGGGUCAGAGCAGGGAGAUGUACAGACAUAAUCCAAACACUGUCCACUUGUUAGCUGUCACCAUCGUGACUCAUUAGUGACUAACUGCAAGAUAUAAAGCAAAGAACAGAGAGAGACUCUGCCUGAUGCCUUGUCAACCACAUGCAUUUACAUAGAGCCUUUGACAUAGGCAACAAAAACAGAAAUUGCUGGAAAAGCUCAGCAUCUGUGAAGCGAAAUCAUUUUGACAUAGGACCUGGGCAGAGUAAAGAACACGCAGACAGGCUGCCUGGCACCUCAUGAACGAUAUCCAUUCAUAUAGCACCUUUGAUGCAGGGAAGUGUUCCAACAUAAACAACUAUGGACGCUGGGCAAAUCUAUAACAAAACAAAUUGUAAGGUGCUGGAGAAACUCAGCCAAUUUGGCAACAUCUGUGGAGAGAGAAAGAAACAUAAUUAAUAUUUUGAGUCCAAUGACCCUUGGUCAGUUCUGAUCAAAUCCCACAUCCAGACUCAAAACAUUAACUCUUUUUUUUCUCUCUCCUUGGAUGGUCCCAGACCUGCUGAGUUUCUCCAGCACUUGCUGGUCUUACUGAAGUAUUCCAAAGCACUGGCAGGGUGGCUAACAAUCCUUCUUGUAUAUUUUACAAACAGAUUUCUGUCCUAAAAGACUCCUUGGUGCAAUGUUUUCCAUCUUUUACCUCAAGCUUUUUUAUAUAUAUUGCAAUAUUAUAAAUCCCAAAAAAGAUUUAAAGAGUUUUGUUAACA